AUGCCAGUACAAGAAGACGUCCGGCAAAUCGCAAUUUCGGAGACCACCAUCGUGGCGAUGACUGUUUCUGGCAAGUGUUGCGCCUGGGACCUGUCCGCUGGCAUAGGGAACAUGGUGGGCCAAUCACCUAAAUGCAUCGAGACACCUGUCAUGGAAGUGCAAAUUAUGUCUGUUUCCAGAGGGACAGUUGCGAUACUACACCGUGGUAGUGAGGAAAUGAUGGAUGUCAUUGCCUGGGAUAUCAAUGUUUGCCAGUCGCAUUGUUUCCGAAUAGAGAUCAACCAAGGAGCUAUCCUUGGAACGUAUAGCUACUUCGUGAUAGUUACCUCAGGCGAACAGUCUAUCGUCUUCUUCGAGCGGAGUUUUGACUUUGAGUCAGGCUAUGUCCGUUACACACGAAUCAAUCUCAAAGGCCAAAUUGAGUCUUCUGGCCGCAUGGAGCAUCCCGAAGUUGAGGGCUACAGCAUACACUCCGAGGAUAUCAAACCUGAGAUCAUACACGUGGUCUACGACACGAAGGCUGACCGACUGGAGCUCCAAAGACACACUGUCGAAGACUCGAUCCAGACGCGACUUGCCCGAAAAGAUUUUUGUUGGUGGAAAGAUGUGGCAUGUUGUGACGACGAGACCAACGGAUCUGGCGUCCUCGAAGUCCUCGAUCUCAAGGCUUCGGUCUGUAAGAAAGCUGAGAUGAGUGGUUCAAAACGUGUUUUGGAAAAUCUAGAACGUUGCAUAGAUGAAAGACUCUGA